AUGACCAUAUCUACAUCGAUGGAUACCGUCGCGCCUCCUCAAGACGCUACCGAAGCCGUUGGCUCGGUGGCAGAGGCGUUCUUCCACAAUGCCACUGCUCGCCGUAUCGACACUGACGCCGUCUUGCUUAAGACCAUCCAGAACAACCACCCUGGCGUCCCCGUGACAACUGUCCCAGAACUUCACUGUAAUCUCAAGGCCUACGCCCAAGCAGGGCACGCAUCAAUUGAAGCGGUCGAUCCGACCCAGUCAGAGCACCAGGCGUGGCCGCAGACUCUUAAAUGGACGGUGUUCCUCCCGCCUGCCAGACGGAUGGAUGGCGGCAACGGCACCGUGGCUGAGCAGGUCUUUUUUGAAUCGUACACAUAUAGAUGGAAGGACAUGUCUUUCCUGGUGUACUUCGCCGACGGCCGCGACGGAGGUUCAGCAAACCCGCACAUUCGUAACCAGUAUAUCCUGGGCGACGAGGCCGUAGUACGGACACUAGUGGCCACGGUCGGCCGCCACGACUCCGUGCUGCACGACGAGAUCUGGGUGUACAACAAGGGCUUCUGGCAGAAGGACCGCAACCUGUACCGAAGCAUCAUGAAGUCCCGCUGGGAGGACGUCAUCUUGGACAAGCCGCUGAAGGAGGAUCUUGUCGGCACGGUCCAGCAUUUCUACGACUCGCAAGAGCAGUACAAUCGCCUCCGCGUGCCGUGGAAGCGAGGCAUUAUCUUCUACGGACCCCCAGGGAACGGCAAGACGAUCUCUAUCAAGGCUACCAUGCACACACUGUACAGUCGGAACCCCCCCGUGCCGACGCUCUAUGUCAAGACUCUGGUAAGUUUGGUUCCGCCGGAGUUCAGCAUUGACAGCAUCUUCGCCAAAGCGAGGCAGGAGGCGCCGUGUUAUCUGGUCUUUGAGGAUCUCGACAGCCUCGUCACCGAUAAGGUCCGCAGUUUCUUCCUCAAUGCCGUCGAUGGGCUGUCGGAGAACGAGGGCAUUCUUAUGGUCGGCAGCACAAACCAUCUCGACCGACUCGACCCAGGUAUCGCAAAGCGCCCAUCUCGCUUUGACAGGAAGUAUCUCUUCUCGGACCCGGAUUUCGACCAACGCGUCAAAUACUGCCAGUACUGGCAGAAGAAGCUCGAGGACAAUAAGGAAAUCGAGUUUCCCGACGAGAUCUGCCCGGCUGCGGCAGAGAUAACGGACGGCUUCUCCUUCGCAUAUAUCCAGGAAGCUUUUGUGAGUGCCUUGAUGGCCAUCGCGCGGGAGAAAGACGGCUUCCAGACAGCAGAAGAAGCUGGCUCCAUGACGACAUUGCACGAAGCCUGGGAUGUUCUGGACAUUGCGGACGGGCAGCCUCCCAGCUGGUCUGGUGACAAUAAGAAUCUGGACGACUAUGUCCUAUGGCGGACGCUGAAGAAUCAGAUUGAACUCUUGAGAAAGGAGUUCUCAGACGAGUGA